CUGCUUUGUCAUUCGUGAAGGAAGUCGUGACUCGUGAGCCGAGUACCCGAAUAAGACGAGUACUGAAGUAAAUAGUACCAAUAGUUGCUGCUUCUAUUAUAUUGUUUAAAAUAGGAGUUCUUGAAAAGUACAAUCUAAUCUAGGAAAGCCAUGAAAUAAUCGAAGAUUUCCCAAGUUCUGAACUUCAAAAACUGUUUGACACAGCUGGUGAAAUAAUUACGUGUCUUGUAUGCAUCUUGACUCUUGAAAAUCCAUCCAUCAUGACUGAAAAACCAAUGACGGGCGAAGUAACCGUAAACGAAGUUCGAUUCGGAUUAUUUCGCGUCGUAUGGAAUCUUAUGUUGGAAAUGGGUAAUCACGUCACAUAUAGUCAAGAAUUUAGCCUUUGCGGAACACAGUCUGGCCAGAAUUUCCAGAUCUCUACAGAGAAUACAAUGUUUAACAACAUUGUCACACUUAAAUGUAUUUCUUGCAGUGACCAUUCUGCAAGCCAACCUGAAGAUGAGCAAUCAAAAUCGAAACGCAUAAAAAUAGAAGAAGAAUCAGUUUUGCCCGAAUUGAAAAGUCUGUCUCAUGUCGAAGUUAUGUACUUAGGAAAAAGUGAAUUUCAAACUGGAAAUGACCCUAGCAAAUGGGAAAUCCUAAUAGACCAAAAGCUGAUGGGAGAAGAGCCUAUGAUCGAGUUCUGGAUCGACUUUGGGACAAACGAGUCAAAUGAAAAAAUUGUUAUCAACGGACUGUCAGAAAUGUUUCACAAUCAAACUCUGUGUGAUGUGAAGUUCAUGUUAAAAAACAGUGAAGAGAUUGGGGCCCACGUAGCAAUCCUUACUGCCGGAAGUCCUGUUUUCGCUGCCAUGCUUCAGUCGGAUUUCGUUGAGUCAAAAACAAGAAUUGUGAAUAUUGAAGACAGUGAAAUGGACGUUUUCAAGGAAAUGUUAAUCCACUUGUACACUGGAAAAGCACCAAACCUGAUGGAAAUGAACUUUACUCAGUCUGUUUUCGAAGUUGCUGAUAAGUAUGGCGUCAAAUCCCUCAAAGACGAUUGCGUCAACCUCCUUGUAUCUCAACUGAGCAACGAUAACGCUAUGGAAUUGUUGGUCUGGGCACAAAUCCAUUCGCAGGCCAAGCUGAUUGAAAAAGCUAUACACUUUAUUGUGAAAAAUUCUAAGGAUCUCUGCUCCCAAGCCGAAUGGUUGGAUUUCAUGAAGGAUCAUCCCAACUUGUGUGUGGAGAUUAACCAGAGAAUGGCAAAACGCAUCACCAUAGGAUAUGACAAUGGAUGCUAUUCAGAUUAAAAACAAUUUCCAGUUAUGGUUUUGUGAAGUUGCAACUAUCGAAUCUACGAAGUUUGAAUUAAAACAGUGCUGUUGUGUCGCGAAAAACUCGGAAUUGUUGCUGUCACCUUAUAAUGUUCAUCCAAUUAAUUUCCUUUUAUCUUACUUUACCAUGUUGAAUCAUCUAAAUUUAACUGUUUAUUUCUUUUUACCAAAAAAGGUAAAUAAACUUAGAUGAUAAGUUCAUACCACA